AUGAAACACUUUUGGCACUUCCUCGGGGGCAGAGACUCUAUCGUUUUCUCCGAUCGUGAACCUCUUUCCUAUACCUUGAAGUCGCAUUCUGCCAAGUUGAACCCCUGGAAGCCUCGACAACUGGAUUUUAUCUCUCAGUUUAUCUCGGCCAUCCGCUAUAUUGACGGUCACCCAAUGAAGCUGUACCCGCAUCUGCACUACAGCUUAUCACCUGGCUGCCACAGGGAUGGUCAAGCGGUCUUUCCACCAGCUGAAGGCCUCUCUACGCACCACGGCCGAUCCGCCGAACUGAACGCAUCAUCUCUCCGUGGUUUUGUUGGGUCUCCGCUCCUCAAGUCGGACCUUGAGUACUCCGCCUCUGAAACGGUGUUCGGCGCCACUGUCCGAAGUCCCAGUGAGCUUAUAUUGCCAUACCCUCAAGGUGCGGUUGAGGGUCCUGAAAACGUUGUGUAUCGCCUACGGCAGUUUUUGCGGACGCUAUCACCGGUUCCACCCAGGACUUCCGUCUCCGGGUCUUAUCUCGAGAUAGACUUGGCGAUAUGCUCUCACGUCAUUCUGCCAUGUGAUCGAGUUAACCGGCACUUGGAACCACUCUAUGGGGACGCUGGAGAUGCAACCCAGCGAGGCAACAGCCACCCGAGACACGUCCUCCGGGUUUUGUACACAAUAAACCCUUCUCCGUUUGGAUUCCAGACUUAUGCUCUUCUUAUUGUGUUCUUACUUGGGGGAUUUCAACAGGGCGUUAUUCAACGAUGA